CGGGCAGCGGGGUAUGAGGGACGUCUGCAUGUGUGACUUCGUGCCAUAGAUCUUCAUUGAGAACCAUCCUGUUCACGUAAAGAUCAAUCAAUUAUAUAUAAGUAGAGAGAAAUACCACCCUCCUGUAUCUACCUUUUCGUUACCUUCAUAAGAACAGGAAUAAGAAGAAUAACAACAAGUAACAUUGACUCAUUGGCUCAUUGCAGCAUUCGAUCAACUCAACGAGACACCCCGGAAUCCUUAUAUUCAACACCUGACCCUUUCAAAAUAACUACCAUCAUGUCGUCUCUAAAAAUGGAUCCCGAGUGGGCGCCUCUUUGGAAGGUUUUCAGCUCAUUGCCAAAGCCCGUGUUAAACGACGUCUAUGAUCUUCGUAAGGCCGCAAGCAUGGGAAUGGCAGCAUCAACGGCCGCACUGCCUGUACGGACAGACAUCGAGGAGACAAAACACACUAUCCAGUCGCUCGAUGGCAGCAACAUCGACGUCCACCAGUUCGUGCCACCGGCAGCUGCCUCAGACUCCGCCACUACGCAGAGCGCUCUCCUGUAUGUGUUCGGCGGCGGCAUGAUAGCAGGCAGCGUCGAAAUCUGGCACAGACUGCUUCAGGACAUUGCCCAUAGAACCGGUAUACAGGUCUUCACCGUAGACUACCGUUUAGCUCCCGAGAACCCGGCGCCCGCGGCCGUCGAGGACGUCUACUCGGCUGCCAAGUGGCUGCAGGAGAACGCAGCACAGUUCAACGUUGAUCCCAAGCGCAUAGUGCUGUACGGCGCGAGCGCGGGCGGAGGCAUAGCGGCCGGCACAGCAUUGAUGGCGCGCGAUAGAGGGGACCUGCCGCAUAAGCUGGCCGCCGUGGCAAUGGCUUAUCCGAUGCUGGACGACCGGACCUACUUGCCGGCCGAUCACCCGCUGCACAACUACCUGAUCUGGACGCAGCAGUCGAGCGAUCUGGCUUGGCCUGCGCUCCUGGGCAAACAGAGAGAAGAACGCACGGAUGAGAACGUCUCUAUCUACGCCGCGCCAGCCAGAGCGAAGGAUCUGAGUGGACUGCCGGACGUCUACAUUGACGUCGGCGGGCUAGAUUUAUUCAGAGACGAAGAUCUGCAGUUCGCCUCGAGACUCCAGAGCGCGGGCGUCCACGUCGAGUUCCAUCUUUACCCUGGUGUUGCGCAUGGAUUCGACUCAACAGACGUAAAGGUUGCGCAGGAGGCGAGGGCGAGCCGGACGAGAUUUUUGAAGUCUUAUUAAGAUGGGUGUUAGUACCUAGGUAGUUUAAGGCUAUUAUUAUAAGCGAGUAAUAUCACUUUAAACGAUGGGUUGCCAUGUGUUUCUGGUUCUAAUUGAAAAGGGUCGUGAAUACAUGUUUUAUGAUUGGGUAUCAUGGAAGACGUGGCCAGGCGCUAUGAGGGAUGAUAUCAAUCUUAUUACUUUUAUGUUAUCGGGUUUACGAUAAAUACCUACAGUAGGUUAGUGUAGGUAGUGACUUGCUAGCCCCAUGCUGUUAUCACAAAGAAUUCUAAUCACGUAGUUCAUCACUCUAGAAACGUUUAUUAGUCAAAUCAUGAUGCGUUUGGCAUAGAUAGGAGCAGAAUAGGAGGCAUGAACGAAAUCCGAACCAU